CUCUAGCCUCCUCCCCGCCUGCCCGCCGCCCCUCCGGACUGGCUGCACCGGCUGAGCCGCAGGCUGAGGACGCACCGGCUGGGGCAGAGCCGAGAGCCCGGGCAGGGCCUGACCCCAGGUCCCCGGAAUUGGCAGGAACCGGACCCAGAGCUCCCUUGGUGGCCCCUUCCUUGGGCCGGGUCAUGCGCUGCCCCAAGUGCCUGCUCUGCCUGUCAGCGCUGCUCACACUCUUGGGCCUCAAAGUGUACAUCGAGUGGACAUCCGAGUCCCGGCUCAACAAGGCUUACCCAGGCCCCCGGGGUACCCUGCCUGGUCCCACACCAUCCAGCGCUGAGCCCACCCUGCCCACCAACCUUUCUGCCCGCCUAGGCCAGACUGGCCAGCUGCCCUCAGCUUACUGGAACCAGCAGCAGUGGCGACUGGGGGCCCUGCCCAGUGUGGACUGUCAAGCUUGGGGGGCUGCUGCUGCUGCAGAGAUCCCCGACUUCACCUCCUACCCCCAGGACCUCCGACGCUUCUUGCUGUCAGCAGCCUGUAGGAGCUUCCCGCAAUGGCUGCCUGCAGGGGAAGGCAGCCACGUGGCCAGCUGCUCAGAUAAGGAUGUCCCUUACCUGCUGCUGGCUGUCAAAUCGGAACCAGGACGCUUUGCAGAACGACAGGCCGUGCGGGAGACGUGGGGCAGCGCAGUUCCUGGGACCCGGCUGCUCUUCCUGCUGGGAUCCCCACUGGGAGAAGGGGGGCCUGACCUCCGAUCACUGGUGACAUGGGAGAGCCUGCGAUACCAUGACCUGCUGCUCUGGGACUUCCUGGAUGUUCCCUACAACCGGACACUCAAAGACCUGCUGCUGCUGGCCUGGCUGGGCCACCACUGCCCCGAUGUGAAGUUUAUCCUGCAGGUUCAGGACGAUGCCUUUGUGCAUACCCCUGCCCUGCUAGAGCACCUGCGGACCCUGCCACCCACCUGGGCCCGCAGCCUCUACCUGGGUGAGGUCUUCACCCAGGCCAAGCCUAUCCGGAAGCCUGGAGGACUCUUCUAUGUGCCAGGGUCUUUUUUCGAAGGUGGCUAUCCAGCCUACGCAAGUGGAGGUGGGUAUGUCAUUGCGGGACGCCUGGCCCCCUGGCUACUGCAGGCAGCAGCUCGUGUGGCACCUUUCCCUUUUGAUGACAUCUACACUGGUCUCUGCUUCCGUGCCCUGGGCUUAGUGCCCCGGGCCCACCCAGGCUUCCUCACAGCCUGGCCAGCAGACCGUGCCAGGGAUCCUUGCGCUGUGCGAGACCUGUUAUUAGUACGUCCCCUCAGCCCCCAGGACACCAUUUGGCUCUGGAGACAUCUACAGGGCCCACAGUGCUGAGCCUCAGUGGGGAGCUGGGGUGGGGUAGGUUGCUGACCUGACUUGAGCCCCUCCCUCUUGGGUCCUCCUUAGCAAGGGCCUGGGCAGGCUGGACACGUUGGCAGACUGUUUUCAUCUACUUUCUAAUUUUGAAAAAUAUCCUCCUUACUCUGAAGCCUAGAGUUCUUUUGGUUUAUGGGGGGGAACCCUGUGCAGGGUCUACACACCAGAUGUCCACAGUACCCUGACUGGAUAUGCUUCAUCCUGGCCUGGCAGGCUCCAUUGGACACCCUACUCUGCUGGACAGCAGGCUUGUGAUCACCCAGGGAGAGCUCUGGAGGGCCUCUCAUCCCUGCUCACGUGUAAAAGUUGGCAUACAGCUUCGGAAGUUUACAGAAAUAAGAUACCUCAAAGCGUUCAUCUUCUCUACCUAAGCUAGAGAAACCUAAGGUAUCCCCAAAAGCUGGGCAUGGUGGCAGACUCCUGCAAUGCCAGAACUCCAGAGGCUGAGGCAGGAGGAUCACAAAUUC